UGAUAUCAGAUUUCUGUUUUUGUUGGGCUGGAAUCUUGUCCUAAUCCAUACAAAUAAAAUAACUCUUCUCGGUGUGUACGCCUGAAUUGACUUGAUCAAAAUCCAUCUCUCAGACAGCAGCAAAGUGCACCGUUGCUCCACUACAAUGUGUUUUCGCUUACCAAAAAUCCAAAUUUAGAACCAGUCAAGCUAGCUUUAGAAGACUUGAAGGGACUAAAAAAAUGCAAAACCUCUAGUUUUUUUCUUUACUUCCUGUCCGGAAAAUUUAUCCAAGAAAAUUAACCGAAAUCAUGUCAGAGAAUCCGUCGAGACUUCACUUUGUGUUCGUUCCGUUGUUGGCUCAAGGCCACAUGAUCCCAAUGAUAGACAUGGCCAGGUUAUUAGCUGAGCAUGGAGUGGUGACAAGCUUAGUCACUACCCCACACAACGCGGACAGGCUUUCCAGUAGUAUUCGUCUCGCACAUGCUGCGGGGUUGAAGAUUAAUCUAAUAGAAAUUCCGUUUCCCUGUCAAGAAGUAGGAUUGCCACUGGGAUGUGAGAAUCUUGAUAGCGUCCCCUCGAGGAACCUCAUAAGGAAUUUUUUUCGCGCGCUGAAUGAGCUACAACAGCCGUUGGAACAGUACUUACAGCAACAUAGUCUUCCUCCAAGUUGCAUAAUUUCUGAUAAGAGCCUUUCUUGGACAUCUCAAACGGCCAAGAAAUUCAAGGUACCGCGGAUUGUUUUUCAUGGGAUGUGCUGUUUUUCCCUCCUGAGUUCCCAUUAUGUGAAACUUUACAAACCUCAUCUUUCCGUAAAAUCUGAUUUCGAACCCUUUGUGAUUCCUGGAAUUCCCAUGCGGGUUGAAAUAACAAAAGCUCAGUUGCCAGGAGCAUUUGUUACUUUGCCGGAUUUGGAUGAUAUUAGGGACGAAAUGCAAGAGGCUGAAUCGAGUGCUUAUGGGGUUGUGGUGAAUACUUUCCAAGAAUUGGAGAAUGCCUUUGUGGAAGAAUACAGGAAUGCUAUCAACAAAAAGGUAUGGUGUAUCGGCCCGGUUUCACUAUGCAACAGGGAUAUUUUGGACAAGAUUGAAAGAGGGAAUAAAGCUUCAAUUGAUGAAACAAAGUUCUUGAAAUGGCUUGAUUCCAAGAAACCGGAGACUGUUCUUUACGUGUGCCUUGGCAGCCAGUGCCGUCUGGUUCCAUCGCAGCUAAUAGAACUCGGACUAGCUUUGGAAGCAUCAAAACAUACAUUUAUUUGGGUAAUAAAGACAGGAGAAAGAUUUCCGGAGUUGGAGAAAUGGUUAUUGGAGGAGAAAUUUGAGGAGAGGAUUGAAGGGAGGGGACUUUUGAUCAAAGGAUGGGCCCCUCAAGUUCUUAUUCUUUCUCAUCCUGCAAUAAAAGGGUUCUUAACACAUUGUGGUUGGAACUCAACAAUAGAAGGGGUGUGCUCUGGCGUGCCAAUGAUAACAUGGCCUAUGUUUGCAGAACAAUUCUUCAAUGAGAAACUUAUUGUGGAAAUUCUGAGGAUUGGGGUUCGAGUAGGAGUUGAGCUCCCAGUUAGAUGGGGAGACGAGGAGAAAGUUGGAGUGCUCGUAAAGAAAGACCAAGUUAAAAGUGCUAUAGAACAGCUAAUGGAUGAAGGGGAAGAAGGCGAAAUGAGAAGAAACAGAGCCCGCGAGCUCAAGACGAUCUCACAGAGUACAAUGGAAUCUGGUGGAGCUUCACAUUUGAGUAUAUCAGUUCUAAUUCAGGACAUUGCAGAACAGUCCUUCCCCAUUGAAGAUUAAGUUUUAAUAACAUAUACUAUCUCCUUUUUGACAGAUCUCUCAAUUGUUUCCUCUCGGCAUAAAUUCUGUUAGUAAAUUUACAAGCUCA